AUGACGAGGCAGGUGCGGCAAAGCAAUGCCCAGAAUAAUCUUGUUGCCAUCAACACUGCUCUGGGUUGGACUUUUCAAGGACCGGUAUCAGUUAGAUCUUCACUCGAGAACAAAGACAGCACUCUAGUUUGUGUGCUUCGCACUGAUGCCACUCACGAGGCGUCAUUACAGAUGUUCUCGGAAAUUGAGCAUAUGGGUAUUACGGACGGAAAUAGUAAUGAUGAAGGCGACGACAAAGUUCUUUGUCAAUUUAAGGAAACCGUACAGAAGGUUGGCGGAAGAUGUGCCGUCACUCUAUCUUGGAAGAACGAUUUCGUCCUUAACGAUAAUUUGGAAGUAGCCGAGAGUCGGCUCAACGGGCUCCUAAAAAAGCUAAAGAAAAAUGGUUUGAUGGCAGAGUACGACGCUGCGAUGAGGAAGUACGCAAGUGACGGACAUGCGGAGAAGGUACUCGUCGAGUCAGAGAACGGGAAACAACCUCAGCAAGUCUAUUACAUGCCGCAUCAAGCUGUGGUCAAACAGGAAUCAGAAACCACAAAGCUUCGUGUUGUCUUCGAUGGAUCCUCGCAUGCACCUACCGUAGCUUUACUGAACGAUUGCCUGGAAGAAGGACCCAGUCUGAAUACGGAUCUUCUGCCGGUCUUGAUACGUUUCCGAAUGUACCGUAUCGGUCUGGCAGCAGACAUUGAGAAAGCCUUUCUUCAGGUUGAGGUCCAAGAAAGGGACAGGGACGCUUUGAGAUUUCUGUGGUGUCAAGAUGGUCCUACGGAAGAUAUUUCUCAGAAUCCGGUGGAAGUAUGGAGAAUGAAACGUGUACCCUUCGGAACGACAGCGAGCCCCUUUCUUUUGGCGGCCACACUGAGACAUCACCUAGACAACGUCAAAGGGCAUUUCCAACGGACGGCACGGCACAUUGUCAAUAGUUUCUACGUGGACGACCUAUUGACGGGUUCAUCAACGGUGGAUGGAGCAAUAACGAUAUACAACGACGCUUCAUCUAUCCUUCAGGAAGCUGGCAUGAAUUUACGAAAAUGGAUUUCAAACGCAGAAGAGGUACGAAAACAGUUUGGUGAGCAAGACACCAACAGUAGACAAGAGAGGACCCUGAGUUGCAGGGAGGAUCGGAAAGUUCUCGAUAUACUGUGGGACACGUACGGUGAUACUCUCAAGGUAUCAGGCAAACGCAUGCUAGAGGAUGGCAUAGCGCUCAUUAGCAGUAAACGCGGAAUUCUGAGCGCAGCAGCGAAGCUGUUUGACCCUCUGGGCAUGCUCUCUCCGUUCAGCAUUCGAAUCAAAAUGCUGUUUCAACGUUUGUGGGAGGAGAAGGUUGAUUGGGACACGCCUUUGACCGGAAAUAUACAAGAGCUGUGGCAUACCUGGUUGUCAAAGUUGGACAACAUCGCACUAAAUAGGUGUCUCGUUCCAGAUGGAAAUUACAACUUCAAGUAUGAGCUUCACAUCUUCAGCGACGCUAGUCCUUAUGCAUACGGCGCCUGUUUGUAUUUAAGAGCCAUUGCAAAUGGAAGAACAGCGAAGGUCGGGUUUGUGUUUGCAAAGGCUCGGGUGGCGCGUUUGAAGACCCUAACUUUACCACGACAAGAGCUUAUGGGCGCCCUGUUGGGAGUGAGGCUAUCAAAGAAAAUAACUGAAGCUUUGACGCGACUGAAGGAAGUGACCUGCGUAUACUGGACAGAUUCGUCAAUCACCCUUUGUUGGGGGUUGUACCAGGUUCCGCGCCAAAGCAGCGACAGCAAGAAUGGCUCCAUUACCACAGGAUCGAGUAGAAGCCGGUACGCCAUUUGA